GCGCAUGCGUUAUGCAACAGCGCGCGCAAUUCCCAGGAAAAGGGCUCACAGUGGCUCAAGCUCAAGGCUUAAGUAAAACAUAUCCCUCAAAUCAUAUGAACGCCACGAUGGGGAACCAAUAUAAGCACCUGGCCUUAAUUACUUGCAUGAAAUCUGUUCUGUUCGCAUUUAAUUUUGUCUUUUGGGUCACAGGAAUAUGUAUUCUUAUUGUGGGGCUUUGGGCGGAGUUCGACCUUUACCAAUACAUGAAUCUGUCACCAGACUUUACUGGUGCAGCUCCUCAUGUGAUCAUAGGGAUAUCCACUCUCAUGGUCAUUACGAGCUCGGUCGCAUUCUCCUGCAUCGUUAAAGGGCAACCAGUUCUUUUAUUCAUUUACGGCUCUUUCAUGCUAUGCAUCUUCAUGAUGGAAGUGGGGCUGAGCGCUUCGGUGGUAUGUUUCAGGGACGGCUUCGCCCAAGGCUUGUACGAGGGUCUUACUGAAACAUUAAAGAACUACGACCCUGUCAAGACCAAUUUUGACUUUGCUCAAUCCGCGAUGCAAUGCUGCGGCGUCUCGAACUACACUGACUGGAUCUGGUUUUCUCCACAACGGGUGAUUCCGACAUCAUGCUGCAUUAACACCACACACUGCGUUACUGCCAAUUAUAACGACGUCUACCAAAGGGGAUGCUAUGCAGUGAUUUACAUGAACAUAAAGGACAAUAUGGACUUGAUUAUUGCGAUCGCUAUUGCAACAUCGGUUUUGCCACUCGCAGGCGCAGCAAUGUCCUGCUGCCUCGGGAACUACAUACGGCGAACCAAAUAUGAUGCUAUUGGCUAAACCCGACUCAAAUAAUGGCGAUUCAAUAUUUACGACUUGUUAUCUUGAAUUAAAAUAUCAAUGUUACUACUCAAAUGUUUAAUAUUAGCGUUGUGACUCCCUUCUAUUUUAUGGAACUUUAAAUUAUAUCUAAAUGUGAAAUAAAUAAAGUUGGCC